UUCUAAAGAUGUGCUAUGAAAGGUUAUCAAGAUACACUCUACACGCACAUUAUGCGUCAGUUUUACCGCGAGUGCACCAUCACUGGAACGGUGGAUUUUAUAUUUGGCGAUGGGACCGUUGUGUUUCAAAAUUGUCAAAUUUUGGUUAAGAAAGGACUCCCUGACCAAAAGAAUACCAUCACUGCACAAGGCAGGAAAGAAGCUGACCAACCCUCAGGAUUCUCGAUUCAGUUCAGCAAUAUCUCAGCGGACGCAGACUUAGUCCCAUACUUGAACACGACACACACGUAUCUAGGAAGGCCAUGGAAGCAAUAUUCAAGGACAGUUUUCAUGAGGAACAACUUGAGCGACGUUGUGAGGCCUGAAGGAUGGCUCGAGUGGAACACCACUUUUGCUUUGGACACACUCUUCUAUGGAGAGUUCUUGAACUACGGACCAGGUUCAGGACUCAGCAGCCGAGUCAAAUGGCCUGGUUACCACGUGUUUAACAACUCGGACCAGGCUAACAAUUUCAACGUUUCUCAGUUCAUUGAAGGAAAUCUUUGGCUGCCUUCUACUGGAGUAACGUUUACUGCUGGCUUGGGUGUCUAAAUUAGCAUGGCUCAGUGUUACCAUUUUGCUAUUGUUUGUGCCUUUCAAUUUUAACUUUUGAUAUGAAAUAUUAAAAUCUAUUAUUAUAACUCAAAAGAGUCCCCAAAAAUUAUAUACUAGAGAGUAUAUUGAUAUGAAAAAUGUCAUAAACAAAAGUAACAAGAAACUAAAAGAAAGAAGCAUUGUAUAUACAAUUGCACCUUGCUUUUAUUAAUUCUGAUGCAAAGGCGAUGAAAGAGAGCUAUAACAUAUAGGCCACUUAAGGCUAAGGGUAAAAUCAUAAACAGGUAUUACCCAAAGACCAUUCCAAAAGGAAAAAAAAACAAAAAAAACUUGAGCACAAU